CCUUACAAGUUCAACUUGCUCAGCUGAGAAGUCUUUCAGAAAAAAACCAAGCCGUGAACAGCAUGAUGAUGCAGCAACUGCUGAACCCACCAAUGCCGAUGUCCUACAACAUAAUGUGGCCUCCAAACUAUUACGGAAUGCCACUUCACCCAAUUGUGGGCAAUCCAUUGGUCAACAGCUUGGCUUCCCAAUACAACCAACCCAAUUAUUUCCCGAAUAGCGCAGCCAACACUUUUGUCACAAACUCAUUGUACCAGCAGAAUCCUUUGCUUAACGUGGGAUUGCCGACGACACCUGCUAAUGUGCCAAUGAAUGCCGGGCCGGUGCCACCUCCACCCCCUGCGCCAUCACCCCCUGCAACUGUCACAGCUGGCAGCUGUCAUGCAGAUUCGUCUAGUGGAGAAACUGUUUUAGCUCCACCCUCUCCCUCCCCUAUAGAGCAAGAAUCAGUUGCUGUGGAGUCUCCAGUGAAUCAACUAUCAGAUGCAUUGCAAGAUUCUGAUGCCAAUACAGAAACGACUGCAGAAGUGGAAAUUCUCGAAGAGACGCGUUUAGUCUCCAAGGAUCGAGGUAAUGACUGGGAGACGUUUGACUCGGCCAAUGAAGCUAACAGGGAGAGUGCUGACUCGGAUGUGGACACGGACGCAGGCGGCCAGGCGGCCAGGCGACCUACCUUCAAUCCACUCACUCAGCGAACCAGCAAGCCGAUGUCGCGUUCCGCCAGGAAGAGACUGCGCAAAUCUAUGCUGAAAAACAAGGACAAAGGAUCGGCUGCCGCCACUCUGCCGGUCAUCGCCGAUAAUAGUGAAUCGAAUCUGACCACAACAGACUUCAUUAGUUCAUCAGCUUCAACCACGACUAUGGAUAGUAGCAAUGAAGCUGAAACUCUGUGUCCACUUCAGACUCAAGAGCGAACAAUGAAACCAAAGAUAAAUCCAAGAGUAAUAAAACCAAUAAGGAAGGCCUGAAGAAGAAUGAAGAAAGUAAAAGUGAAGUGGUUGCUAACAAUCAAACUAGUGCUAAAAAACGUGCCGAGCGUCCCCGUACCGAGCUGAGGAGACCAAACUGUACAAUUGUCGAACUAGAACAAAACACGAAUGUAGCCCUAACUGGCAUUAAAAUAACUACUGAUGAGAUUAAGAAUGAGCAUUCCACUGCUGUUGAAACAAAAGAUACCAAGUCAAGUGUUGUUGAAGUUGAAAAUGAAAAAUCAAGUGUAGACAAAGAGGACUUUGGCAAAUCAAGUGUGUGUAAAGAUAGAAAUGAUAAGUUGAAGGGUAAUGAUACG